UUGUGUAAAAAAUUAUAAAAAAAAAUUAAUUUAAAAAAUUUGUAUUAUUAUUAAAACUUCACCUCGAGCGUAAUUAAUUUUUGCUUAAUUACUAGCAAGCAAUUUAUUCACAGUAAAGUUAAGACAAAUUAAAUAUAAAAUAAUCCUUGAAAAAUACUGACAAGGUCGAGGGUUGCAAAAUCAUGCGUGCGUGUCGAUCCUUACCGUGUGCAUCCGCACAAUGUAAAGCGUACCCAUUUAUUAUCUUUAAAAUAUUUAUAUUUUUAAAAUAUCCUUAUCACCAAUCUCAUUAAUUAACAGUCGGUAUUAAAUCGAAUUAUUUUUAUUGCCGCUAAAAUAAUAAUUCUGUAAAAAUUAACUUCAUCUCUCAGCUCAGCGAGUAUUUUAAAAUAAAAAAAGGCGGUAAAAAAAUCUAGGUCGUAGAAAAAAAAAAGCUAUUGGAUGAUGGUAAAAAAAAGUCACUGAAUUUUUCAUCCUCUAUUGUCCGAGGAUGUCCAUAAAAUCUAUCGGCUGUUGUACACGUGUGUCUGGGCACAUAUGUGCUGAGAAAACCUUACUAUAUACAUAUAUAAUACCAACAACUAGUAUACUAUAUAUAUAUAUAUAUAUAUAUAUAUAUACAUAAUAAUAAUGAUCAGUGUGUAUGCAGAUAGAACAGUGUUGAGUCUUCACUUUGCUGGCAUAUAAGUCUGCUUGGAACUCGGGAUAGGACAUGUAGGAAUGGUGAAGACACCCCACUGUCACACUGUUGUACACUGGACUUAAAACAGAUUUGCAGUAAGUAGAUCCCAAUCCGGAGAAUAUACAUAAUCUAGUGGACUACCUACUGCUGUACCCACUACCUACUGGUGUUAGGUUUAUAUAUAUAUAUAGACAUAUAUAUUAACCAAGUGUUGAGAGGAAUUCUACUCUGAAUCUCUCAUGGAACUUUUAUUCACACUGGCAAUAUUUCCAGGGUUGUUUUUCUGCCAUGCCUAGUUCCAGGAAUUAAUUUAUACGGGAUCUAAUUUAAUUAUAUCGUUCCACACGCUUCGAAUACUUGUUCGAAAUUAGUUAAAUAAAUUAAAAUUUGAAAAAACAAACUUAAUAAAUUACCGGCAGUUAAUUUUAUUAUUAAUUUUGACAGACACGCCCACUGAGAGACCAAUUCAAAUUUUUUUGUAAAAAAUUUCUUGGUUUUUUUUUUUACAAGGGAAUAUUUUAUUUUAUCAGGGAAUACUUUUAAAUUGCUGUGGUUUUAAAAAAAUAAUUUACAGAAAUGGAGGUCGCGACCCGCGAGAUUUGAUUUAAAAUAAAAUCUCAUCUUUUAUCUAAAUUAAAUAAAAAAAACAUCUUUGCUGUUAUCUCGGGUUGCGGAACUCAGUGGAGCGGGAAAAUUGGAAAUAAAUUAUAUUAUUAUUGACCGUCAUAAUUAACAUUUGAUUGGACGGAUAAUUUAUUAAAUCAAUCCUUGUUAAAUAAAAGGAUUGGAAAAAUGAAAGAGUAAAUAUUUAAUAAAAUAUAAUUUAUAUAAAUUGAUAUAUUACUUAUAUUAUUGCAUAUCAAUUCCCUCUAAUUUGUUGUAUUAAUUCAGUCAUUAAAUCCGAAUGGAAUAUGAGUAUAUAUCAGGGAGAUAACAAACCGCCGAGAGUGAGAACGCUCUCAAGGUCUUUAUUCCCAAUGAACGUAACUAAAGUGAAAGUCACGUGGCGGCUGACUCGACAAGAGUUUUUCAUAAAAUACAGAUCCAGUCGCAGCCAACAUCCAGUUGCUCUCAAAAAUAUUUUCCAUGACCAAGUGAUCAAAAGUACGCUGGAAUAUUUUCAUCAUAAUAUAUAUAACAGCCGCGAUUUUCAUUCAUCACGUAUCUUGAAUCUGAAACUAGUUUACCAAGUUGUCUUGUUGGUUGUCUUGAACUGAAUAUAUGUGUAUAUGUACAUAAAGUUGGCAAGUGACGACGAAUAGAAGUGAAAUAUAAAAUAGAAUAGAAUAGAAUAGCAUAAUACUGGAAUAAUACAAUAGAUACUGUGCGGAAUAUUAUUAUCAGAAGUAGAGGUUGAACUGCGCAGCUACAGGAUUUAACGACUUGUCAGAAGUGCGCUCGCGCAUCUUGGAUUUCCCGGGGAAUCGGGACUUUCCGGGCUACAAAACGGCUUUUUCAUCAUCAUUCGCCAUAACGCAACCUUCCUGUCUAGGUGCUAUACCACGUCACGGCAACAGGAAUUGACGUUAAGUAAACAAUAUGAGCGUCGAGGAUGCCAUCAACUACAAACGGAGCGCCGAUGAGGAUUUUUACGCCCUUCUAGGGUGUGACGAGUCCGCGACAGUCGAACAAAUAACGGCCGAGUAUAAGGUACUCGCUCUUCAGUAUCACCCAGAUAAGAACGAAGGUAACAAGGAAGCAGAGGAAAAGUUCCAACAACUCAAGAAUGCCAAGGAGAUACUUUGUGACCCAGAGAAAAGGAGCAACUACGAUAAAUGGCGGCACAGCGGAGUUCAGGUCAGCUAUAAGCAGUGGGUCGGAAUGAAAGAACAUGUUCAGCAGUCAAUGCACUGGAGUACACCAAAGACGAAAGAUAGAAUGUUGCCCGACGGAAGUGGCGCCGGCGGAUCACCAGGACACGUGAGAGGACAGCCAGCAAACGCACACAGACGUGCAUCAGAGGGCGGCGCCAACAUUCACUACGGGGCACGUCGUGAUCUCAACUGGGAUUCCCAGGCGACCAGUGAAGUUGUCAACAAAUUUCGUAAUUACGAGAUUUAAGGAGAGCCUGGACACCAUCAGCACCAACGCACCAGGGAGUAGACCGUGUUGAACAAGGCGAGCGAUUUAAUUGUUUCCCACGUCAGACCUAAACAUCGUGAUAAAUAUAUAUAUAUAUAUAUAUAUAUAUAUAUAUCUAUCUAUAUAUAUAAUAAUUGAUGACUAAAUAUUGAUGACAGUUCUUAUAUUACUUAAGAUGAUUGCCGUAAUUGUUUCAACAAUCAUUGACGAUGUUUCUGGACCAUCGCUUCCUAUUAAAAAAAUUAUUAAUAAUAAUAAUAACAAUUAUUAUUAUUAUCAAACAAAGUUACAAUGGACUAAUAGCUUAAAACAAAAAACAAAAACAACACAUCGGACACACAAUUAAAUAAAUUUAAAACAAUGUUAUAUAUAUAAAUAUAUUAAUACAUAAUAACAUAUAUACAUAUACAAAUAUAUAUAAAUAUUUUAAGGUACACUCGCGUCAAUUUUCGGUUAAAAAGUCGUCGCGUCCUUUGAUAAAUCCCUGGCGGAGGCAAUCGAAGGAGUGAAUUUUAUCAAGUUUGUUAGGACACGAUGUCUGUAUUAGCGAUAUAUUCUAUGAGAGUUUUAUCUGAGAGUUACAUAUAUGUUGAAAUAAAAAUAUUUAUAACAAUAACAGUAACAGUAUGUAAAUUUACGUAUUCAAAGCGCGGUAAUGAAAAGUCACGUUACGGAGCCCCGAUGGAUCGAGUCCUGUUACGCGAUACUUCAAAUUAUCGCGCAAUAAUAUCUGAGUUUGCCAAUUGUGUAACAAAAUCACGAUAUAUAAUGUUAUAUUAUUUGUUGUUUUUAAUAAUCUGUCUGUCUACCUUUCGUCCGUUUCGUCGUCGACUCGUCGAUUUAAUAAUUUUUUUUUGACCUCGUUGAGGUCGACGGAAUGGAUUUAUAAGAAAAUUUGCCUUCCGCUUAAUCUUGUCUACACUCAUUACUGCUCACUAGUUUUUUUUUUUAAUUUUAUUGUUAAUAGUCAUAUUUAUUUAUUUAAUAAGUUAUUUAAUUUAAAAGCAUAUUUUUUGAUAAAAAGUCUCCAAUAUUUAAAUUUUACCAAACUUUGAAUUUUUUUUUCAAAGUCUUUUACAUAGAUUUUGUGUCAUAUAUUUGUUCGAGUAUUGAAGAAAAUCCUUUUAUCAAAUUAAAAGAUUAUUUAUAUACACGUACAUAUAGAUAUAUAUUUACUUGAAGGUACACACCCACGUAAACUGUCUAUCUUCACAUACUUUAUUGUUUAGUUUACCGAUAAAAAAAGUAUCUGAGGUAUAUGGAACCAUAAAGACCUUAUAUUCAUGAAUUACUUACGGCUCGUCAUGUCUUUCACUCCAUUAUAUAAGAUCAAUAUUCCAUAUUCGUGAUUUAAUUAUUAUACAUUGUUCAGUGUAAAUCUAUAUGCAUAAUGUUAAGAAAAUAUUUCCAGUUAAUGGAAAUCGUGUAACGAUAUUUUAUAAAAUAAUAUCGGACUUUUGAACUGAUUUUUUUUGGUUUUUAUUAAAAAAACACCUCGCGGUCUGAGUUUUAAUAAGUUUUGAAUAAAGAGGAAAAUAAUCAUCAGUAGACAAUUAACAAUUUUCGGAUUUUUUCGACAAAAUCAAUUACAAAAAAAAAAA